GCCUUCCCCAGUCCGAGGACUGAGGACGCCGGGCCUGUUUUCACCCCCGUCCCGAACUCGGCCCCCAGUUCCCGCCAGUUCCCCCGGAUCCUUCGUGGCGACCUGAGAGUCGCGCCUCGUCUACCCCCAUUUAGGCCCAGCCGCAGGAUGUGGGCCGCGUAAAUCCCUAGCUUCUCUUUGGCCUUUUUUGCUGCACUUCCAAAGAGAGAGAGACAGAGACUGUUAUCCCCUCCCCUGUGGAGUGCUGACAUCCCACCUGAACGUUUUUGACAAGGUUACAGUUCCUAAUCCCUGGAGAAAACACUCCAUAAACCGAUGUCUGUUUAAAUCAACAGUGGUGUUGAUAUCGCAGUAGCUUCAGGACUUCCGAGGCCUAUUUUUAGCUCCCUCCUUUUCUAGGUGCACAGCUACAGCUAUCUCCCUGCCUGGCCCUGAUUCCCAAUACCAUGCUCCCUGCUAUCGGAGGGUGUCCUGAGGUUUCCAUAGUGAACCACAUGAAUUCAUGAAUUGAUAAUAAGUGCUCACCCUGGUGGAGCAUUUGGGAUGGUACCAGAAAAACCUGCCAUUGCUCCACCUGUCUUUGUGUUUCAGAAGGAUAAAGGACAAAAGUCCUCUGCAGAGCAAAAAGACUUGUCGGAUUCGGGAGAGGAGCCUCGGGGGGAGGCUGAGGCUCCCCACCAUGGCACAGGUCACCCCGAGUCACCUGGUGAGCAUGCUCUAGAGCCUCCUGCCCCUGCUAGUGCUUCAGCCAGCGCUCCUGAAGCCCAGCUUCCUCCUUUUCCACGAGAACUGGCAGGGAGGUCAGCUGGCAGCUCCAGCCCUGAAGGUGGAGAAGAUUCUGACCGAGAAGAUGGAAAUUACUGCCCUCCUGUCAAGCGAGAAAGGACGUCCUCUUUAACCCAAUUCCCACCUUCACAGUCAGUAUCAAAAAACAAUGUUUUUAUGCCAUCAACCUUCUGCGAGCCAUCUGCAGGCAAUUCUGACUCAGAACCAGAGGAAAAGAGCAGUGGGUUCCGGUUGAAGCCACCAACACUGAUCCAUGGCCAGGCACCCAGCGCAGGUCUGCCAAGCCAGAAGCCCAAGGAGCAGCAGCGGAGCGUGCUUCGCCCGGCAGUGUUACAAGCCCCACAGCCAAAGGCACUCUCACAGGCCGUUCCAAGCAGUGGCACCAAUGGGCUCAGUAUCCCAGCAGACUGCACAGGAACAGCAACAUCAACAUCACCCAGCAACCCCACACAGAGAAGCCCACCUGACGAGGCGCCAGCACCUGAGGAGAAAGAGCCCCAGAAAAAUGAGUCUAGCAAUACUUCUGAGGAGGACAACUGUGAGAAAAAAGAGCAAGCUGCACAGCAAGCAUUUGUGUUUGGGCAGAACUUGAGGGACAGAGUUAAGUUAAUAAAUGAGAACACUGAAGCAGCUGACAUGGAGAAUGCCGGACACCCCAGUUCAGAAACGCCAACCGCAACCAACUAUUUCCUUCAGUAUAUCAGCUCCAGUUUAGAGAACUCGACCAAUAGUGCCGAUGCCACCAGCAACAAAUUUGUAUUUGGCCAGAACAUGAGCGAGCGCGUAUUGAGCCCACCCAAAUUAAAUGAGGUCAUUUCAGAUGCCAACAGGGAAAACUCAGCUGUCGAGUCCGGGUCUGAGUCUUCGUCCCAAGAGGCCACCCCUGAGAAAGCUAAUAACAUUGCAGAGUCCCUGGCUGAAUCGGCAGCUGCCUACACCAAGGCAACAGCACGGAAGUGUUUGUUGGAAAAAGUGGAAGUCAUCACCGGGGAGGAGGCAGAGAGCAACGUGUUACAGAUCCAGUGUAAGCUGUUUGUCUUUGACAAGACUUCUCAGUCGUGGGUGGAGAGAGGCCGAGGGCUGCUCAGACUCAACGAUAUGGCAUCAACUGAUGAUGGGACAUUACAGUCUCGACUAGUGAUGCGGACCCAGGGGAGCCUGCGGCUGAUCCUCAACACCAAGCUAUGGGCCCAGAUGCAGAUUGACAAGGCCAGUGAGAAGAGCAUUCGAAUCACGGCCAUGGAUACAGAGGACCAGGGCGUGAAGGUCUUCCUGAUCUCGGCCAGUUCCAAGGACACGGGCCAGCUGUAUGCCGCCCUGCACCACCGCAUCCUCGCCCUGCGCAGCCGCGUGGAGCAGGAACAGGAGACCAGAACACCUGCCCCUGAGCCUGGUGCAGCCCCAUCCAAUGAGGAUGACAGUGAUGAUGACGACGUCCUAGCUCCGUCAGGGGCCACAGGAGGCGGCGCUGACAACGAAGGGGACGGGCAAACGGCUGGGAGCACAUAGCGCCGGGACCUGGCCACCCAGGAGCCUGCUGCUUUGUCCGUCUGUCCACCCAUCUACCCGCCCGCCCCUCCCCGGCAGCGUCGAGGUGCGGGGCCUGGGAACCACACUCCCCGCUGGGUUGGCCACAGUCCGGAUCCGCAUGGCCCGUUCAGAAGCAGACUCGGGAACUGCCUGAAUGUGGUUUGGGACACGAGACCUCAUCAUAUUGAUGAGCAAAACAAAAAGAACAUUUCUUCCCUCCCCUCUUUGAAUUGAAAUGGCACAUUAAGACUUGUCACGGCUUCUCACUGGGACUGGGGUGCCUGGUUUCUUCACCCCUCUCAUGCCGCCGAUACACCCGUGGGUUCCUGCCACCUGCCCAGGCUGCCAGGUCUGUUGCCACAAGUGUAAACACUGGCCCUGCUGGAUGUUCUGCUAACUACUAUCUUUAUUCCCCCUUUCCCACCUUCUCAUUAGGGGUGUAUAUUUUUAGAUUUUUCCCCUAAGGCUUUGUGUUUGGUUUCUUAGAUUAAGACACUCCUGUGUGUUGAGCAGGUGCAACUCCAACGUCCUCGUUCUCCCUGUGGUCACGGCUUGUGUGCUGGGGCCUUACUGAGGAGCUGGGGGUGCUCUGAGGGCCCCCACUUAUUCCCCACCUGGAGUUCCUGCAGGCUGUCAUGGGGUAUUGAGGCCAUACCUGGAGAGAGCUUAUCUAGAAAAGGGUCACUAGAUCUAGGAGAGCGCUCAGGGGCUGUUUCCUAGAUCCCCUCUCACUCAUUGCCAUUGCCCCAAGGGUGACAUCUUGGUACGGAGGCCUGACCCUGGGGGAUGGGAUGCCUUCCAGAGUGGGGACCUGAUGGUGAGGCCACUGCUUCCCACAGGCGCUGAUGGCGAAGGGGGUGGGCAUACAGCUGGGAGCACAUCGCGCCCCUCCCCUCCUGCUUGUCCCCAUCAUGUGGGUCACUCAUCAUCAGGUACCCAGGUACACACCUGCUUUCUGCUGAUGGCCAUUCUUUGCCCAGCCCUGGAUGUUACCGCUCCCAAGACCAUCCAGGGCCAGGGGCAUCCAUAACAGGCAGAGGGGAUCCCUAGCAGGGCCUUUGAGGAGGGGCAGGGGACUGGUUCCAGACUACAGGCUGCCAUCCCAACACUCGCAGUACGCACAGAAGCGGGUACUGUGCCCACCCUACUCCAAAGUAAGGCCAAGAGCCCAUCUGGGUACUGCCCACCUGCAAAGAAGGUCCCCGUGAACAGGGCCCCCAAGGGAUUUCAGAAGAAAUUACCCAGCCCACUCUUAUAGGGAGGGAGAAGGCCUGGUCUCCGCAGCUGUGCCACCCACACCUUGGGUCAACUCUUUGCAGCCAGAGCCUGAGCCAUGGGAAGACACCAAAGCCCCUCCCCCUCCAGCAGAUCUGGCCACACUUCUCUGCUUUAAGCCUUAGCCAACUAGUGACAAGUAAAACGAGAUAAUGCCCAUGUGUUUUGGAACAUUUAUGUAAGAUUGUCAUAUGAAAUGUAUUUGGGAACUACAUUAAAACUUUUAACUAAA